AUGAAGGAUAUAAAAUAUAUUUAUACUUUAUUUAUCAUAUUUUACCUUAAAUUAUUUUCUACAUCAAUUCAUUCACAAAUUGUUAGACCUUUUGAAAUUAGAUUUUGGAAUGCAUAUGAACUUGAAGAACCAAGAAAAAUAAUUACAACAACUACUAUUUCUACUACUACUACUAUUACUACUACACAUACAAUUCCAACAACAACUAUAGAAAUUAUUGAUGAACCAUCAUCAUCAUCAUCAUCAACAACAACAACAACAAUAACAACAACUGAAGAUGUUGAAAAAUGUAAAAUUUCAAGUGAUGAAGAAUUAGAAAAAAUACUUAAAGAUUCUGGUGUUUAUUCAGAACUUUAUAUGGCACCUAAUAUAAAAAUUGCAUCAAAAUCAUUUGAAAAUUUAGGUGGUAAAAAAUUUACCCAACCAUUAGUUAAAUAUACAUGUGAUGCAAAUUGUCAAGCUGAAUCAAGAUAUAUAAGAAAAGUUAUGCAUGCAGAACCAAUAAAAGAAAUUGAUCCAAUUGUUAGAAAUACAAUACGUAAUUCAAUUCAUAAAUCUAUACAAUCAACAUCAAGAACAUGGUGGAAUGAUAAUGAAUGGAAAUUUAAUAAUCGUGGUAAAAGAGAAGACUCAACACAUAUGAUAAAUUCUGAUGAAAUAAUAAAAGAAGAAAUGAGAUUAAGAAUAGAAAAUUCAGGUAAAGCAGAUGGAAUAGCAGGAACAACAAUUGCAUUAAAAUGUAACAUUGAUGGUAUGGAUAACAAUCCAAAAAAUGGAUAUCAUCUUUGCAAAUCAUGUAGCGCAAUACGCCAACUACCAAAUAACUAUUUUCCUCGAGUAUUAAAUGAAGUAAUAUGUGGAGAAGGAUCAUGUUUAAGAAAAGAAGGUGAAUGUAUACAAAGAUUUUUACCAUUUAAAAUAUUAAAAAAUCUUGGAACCUCUUUUUGUCCAGAUUGGCAAAUGGUUACAAUUCAAUUAAGAACUUGUUGUGAUUGUGUUAUCCAACCUGGUAGUUCAUUAUUAAGAUAUAUUAUAAAUUAA